AUGGCCACCUCCACCACCACAAAGGACUUGCACGUGCUGAUUGUCGGUGCCGGCACGACCGGCCUGUUGAUUGCCCAGGGUCUGAAAAAGAAUGGAGUCGCCUUCACCAUCUUCGAAGCAGAGACCGACUCCACUUAUCAGACCAGGCCUCGGGAAUGGGGCAUGACCCUCCACUGGGGCUCUUCUCACCUUGCCUCGUGUCUGCCCGACCAUCUCGCCGCACGCUUCCAUGAAGCCUACGCCGAUCCGUCUCUGAAGCCCGACGCCGUCACCGGUCUGCCCAUAUUCAACGGCAAGACGGGUGACCUCAUCAUGGAAAUGUCAGCCGACCAUGCAGUGCGUGUGAGCCGGAAGAAGAUGCGCAGCCUCUUCAGCCACGGUCUUGACGUCCAGUAUGGGAAGCACGUGGUCCGCGCGUACCCAAUCGACGACCCUGCCUCGCACCACAACGGCCGCGUCAGGCUCGAGUUCGAGGACGGCGGCCAUGCAGUCGGCCAUGUCGUCGCCGGCACCGACGGCGCAAAGUCGCUGCUCAGAGAGUCCAUCGUUGGCUUGGAAGACGCCCAGUUGACGACCGUGCCCGUGAACCUCUUCAACUUCGCCUACACCUUCGAUCCCGAGCUUUCUCUGCGCAUCCGAGAGCACAACCCCAUCUUCAUCAACAGCAUACACCCCGAUCAUGGAACCAUGUACUGGCUGUCGAUCAUGGACGUCCCCGACCCGGAGAAGCCAGAGACCUGGACCUUCCAAGUCAUGCAGAGCUGGAACGACAAGACCACACCGCCUUCCGCAGAUCUGACCACGAACCAAGGGCGUCUCAAGUUCUUCAAGGCGCGCUGCGACGAGUACGCCGAGCCGUGGCGCUCGGUUGGCCGCGCCGUCAAAGACGGUACCACGAUUCCUAUGGACCGGCUGACCUAUUGGGAGAAGUCGCGGAAGUGGGAUAACAGACGAGGGAGAAUGACGCUAUGUGGAGAUGCUGCCCAUCCCAUGACACCCCAUCGCGGCCAAGGCUUGAACAACGCCCUGCAAGACGCAUCCAACUUCGUUAGUGCGCUUGUGUCCGUGUCCAAGGGCUCGGCAACCCUGGCCGACGCAGUCCAGGCAUACGAGGAUGAGCUCCUAGAGAGAGGCCAGACAGAGAUGAGCAUCUCGCUGAAACAGUCUUACUUGAUCCACGAUUGGGACACGCUCAUGCAGAGUCCCAUGGUCAAGAUCGGUAUGCGCCAAGUGAAGAAGGGCGAGGAUGUGCAGAGUGCAUGA